AUGAAGGGAGCUGUACGAUUCGUGCGAGCUGUUAAAGUGUCGCGUCUCGACGGAGAAGUGAGCAUGAAGAAGCCGCACGUUACGAGUCUGAAGGGACGGACCUUUCAAGUGGGCAAGUCGGAGACGAAACGGGCCGCCUUGAUGGUUGUGGACACCGAUUUCGUGCGCCGCACAAUUGUCGGACGCGAAGAAACUCGAGAUCUAAGGCACUGCUCGCGCUCCGGAGCGUACACCUACAAUCGUCAGGAAUCGCUGAUUUCGGGCUGGGACCACCGAUUCCUCAAGCGCUCGAUGUGCGGCGGCCUGUGGACGAACAUCAGCUCCAGCCCCGUGAAAAAGCCAUUCCUUCAAUCUUCUCUGAGCCAGGAAAAACAAGUCGAAGCGUUGAAAACGGAAUUGACAACUCUUGAGCUUCGAAACGGAAAGACUCAAGUCGCUCUUCCAAAGCCACAAAAGAAAGGAGCAGCUAAAAAUGAAGCCUCAAAGAAAGAGGAGCCAAAGAAGGCCGAACAGCAGGAGAAGCCAAAGAACGAAAACCAGAAAAAGGACAAGCCCAAGAAAGAAAAGAAGGAAAAGAAGCCUCAGCCAGCGAAAGCGGCCGAACCAGAGAAGCCAGUCGAUGUUUCGAGGUUGUUGAUGAAGGUGGGAAAGAUCAUCGACUGCAAGAAAACACCCAGAUGCGGACGCUUUAUACCUCGAACUAAUUGA